GCAACUUGUGAGCUUUAUGUGAAGUACAUCCGGUUGUUUCUUGGUGCAGUGCACUGUGGGAAGGUUGUCCUCUCUGCUGUCAUUGGAAGCGCGGGAUGUCGGGCUACAGCGCAGAUGAGCGGCUGCGCGCGCAGCAGUUGUGGAACCUCCGGAGACGCUGGCUGAAGGAUCAGGAGCUGAGCCCGAGAGAGCCUGUUACUAACGGAGCAACACACACUGCCGUACAGCAGAAAGGAUGGACGUUCAGAGCCUACAGGGCUGGAACUUUCGCUUUAACACGGAUCCUGAUUCCAGCGUGGAUCGUACAUUACUACAUGAAGUACCAUGUCACUAAAAUGCCGUAUGGAAUCGUCGAGCUGAAACCCAGACUCUUUCCCGGUGACACCGUUUUGGAAACGGGCGAGGUUAUUCCUGAUCUUCCUGAAGCAGGAGGCCACGGUCACCAUUAAUGACCAUCAUCAACACCAGCAUAAACCUUCACAAGUCUCUGCCCUGUCAAAUGUAUCUGUGUGUGUGUGUAAAUACAUAUGAAUACUGAAUGCCAAUAAAAAAAAAAAUUAAAAAAUGCA